GGCGGCUCCCGCCUCAGCCUCGGCAGUGGCGUCGGCGACGGCGGAGUCGAGGCAGCCGCGAGCGCUCGGCUGAGUGUCAGCCGGCGGCGACGGCUCAAGAACUGGGAGUUGGGGACGCGCGCACCGGACCUUUCGCCGCCGCCGCCGCCGCGCCGUGGCCGCUGCUGCCGCCGCCCAGAGCCUGAGGCUGCGGGGCCGGGGAAGCCAGGGGGCGGGCAAGCAAGCGGGCCGGGGGGAGGGUGGGGGAUGGCGCGGACCCCGGGGCCGGCUCCGCUGUGUCCCGGAGGCGGCAAAGCACAACUUUCCUCCGCUUCUCCCCUCGGGGCCGGGCUCCUACUGUCGCCCCCGACGCCACCGCCACUGCUGCUGCUGCUGCUUUUCCCGCUGCUGCUCUUCUCCCGGCUCUGUGGUGCCUUAGCUGGACCAAUUAUUGUGGAGCCACAUGUCACAGCAGUUUGGGGAAAGAAUGUUUCGUUGAAGUGUUUAAUUGAAGUAAAUGAAACUAUAACACAAAUUUCAUGGGAGAAGAUACAUGGCAAAGGUUCACAGACUGUUGCAGUUCAUCAUCCUCAAUAUGGAUUCUCUGUUCAAGGAGAGUAUCAGGGAAGAGUCUUGUUUAAAAACUAUUCACUUAAUGAUGCAACAAUUACUCUACAUAACAUAGGAUUCUCUGAUUCUGGAAAAUACAUAUGCAAAGCUGUUACAUUCCCGCUUGGAAAUGCACAGUCCUCUACAACUGUAACUGUAUUAGUUGAACCCACUGUGAGCCUGAUAAAAGGGCCAGAUUCUUUAAUUGAUGGAGGAAAUGAAACAGUAGCAGCCAUUUGUAUCGCAGCCACUGGAAAACCAGUUGCACAUAUUGAUUGGGAAGGUGAUCUUGGCGAAAUGGAAUCCACUACGACUUCUUUUCCAAAUGAAACAGCAACAAUUGUCAGCCAAUACAAGCUUUUUCCUACCAGAUUUGCUAGAGGAAGGCGAAUUACUUGUGUUGUCAAACAUCCAGCCUUGGAAAAGGACAUUCGAUAUUCUUUCAUAUUAGAUAUCCAGUAUGCUCCUGAGGUUUCAGUAACAGGCUAUGAUGGAAACUGGUUUGUAGGAAGAAAGGGUGUUAAUCUCAAGUGUAAUGCUGAUGCAAAUCCACCACCCUUCAAGUCUGUGUGGAGCAGGUUGGAUGGACAGUGGCCUGAUGGUUUACUGGCUUCAGACAAUACUCUUCAUUUUGUCCACCCACUGACUUUUAAUUAUUCUGGUGUUUAUGUCUGUAAAGUGACCAAUUCCCUUGGUCAAAGAAGUGAUCAAAAGAUCAUCUACAUUUCAGAUGUUCCAUUUAAACAGACCUCUUCUAUAGCCGUGGCUGGAGCUGUAAUUGGAGCUGUCCUUGCGCUUUUCAUCAUUGCCAUCUUUGUGACUGUGUUGCUUACUCCUCGGAAAAAGAGACCGUCCUACCUUGACAAAGUGAUCGACCUUCCACCCACACAUAAACCACCUCCUGUGUAUGAAGAGCGAUCCCCUCCUUUGCCUCAGAAAGAUCUUCUAUAUCAGAGUGAACACUUGCCCCUGCAGACUCAGUUCAAAGAAAGAGAGGUUGGCGGUCUCCAGCACUCUAAUGGACUGAAUAGCAGGAGUUUUGACUAUGAAGAUGAGAAUGCAGUGGGGGAAGAUGGGAUUCAGCAGAUGUACCCCCUCUACGAUCAGAUGUGCUACCAAGACCAGAGCCCUGGCAAGCAUCAUCCAAACCAUGACCCGGAGAGGGUCUAUAUCAACCCGCGGGAACACUACGUGUGACUGUCCUCUUUUUCCAACGGGUGUUCUAACAAAUGUUUAUUCUUAGACUGGGGAGAGAAACUGAGGCCAGUAGAUAUGAUUUUAUUCUCAUAUAAAGCAGACCUGGUCUAAGUGUAUCAGAAGUGGUGAUAAAUGGCUUGGAGCCAACAAUGGAUUCCUUCCCUCCAUUAAGAAUUUUUUAACCACCAGCUGUGUUUGUGAACUUGACUCUAGCUUUGUGUGUUUUUGUGAUGAUGGUGUUUAACUACUAACAUUUGGCCUACAAUGGCACGUUCAUUUAAAAGCAGAGCAUCUGCCUGGGAUGACAGCCGUGAUUCUCCAGACAGAAAGGCCCCAGCUGGGAAUAUUAACCUUGCUGGGUCUCAGGCAGUCCAGCCUGUUCAUCUAUAACUCAAACAGGCAGAAAAAGGAGCUCAAAAUCCAUCUCACUGAUUAUUUAGUUGGGAUUUGGCUUUCCCUGGCAUGCUUAAUAUAAUUACAAUACCUGCUUACAAACAAGAGGCCGGAAGAAAGAGGCAAAAUUUGCCGUUUAUCCCCAAAAUAACAACCAAAUGCAGUAUAAACCUUCAAGCCUGUUGGUUGCUUUUAGACUCUUGGGCUAUUGUAAUAUGUGUUCCUUCGUGAUCACUGUCGUCCUGAGGGAUGCAUAUUUCUUGCUGUUGUCUGCCUGGUCUUGAUUAGCUGUGUACAAACCAAGGUACUUCUCUCACUUGGUCAUUGUUCCCACAGUUCUGCUCUUUACAGGCCAGAUUAGCCUGUUUCCCACCUAUUAAAUUCUAAAAGCCCUGUCUAAAUGGUGGACAGCCUUGAGCCUUUUCCCUCUUUUCUGUGGUGUUGUAUGUGACAGGCUCAGCUUUCACUACUGAAAUUUCUUUCAAACUAAUCCUAUCCACCCAGGUUUCAGCUACCCUCUGCAUUCUUCAGACUACUUGCUGUCCAUGUUUUAUCUACCUCAGAAAAAAAGCCUGCUGGAAAAUCACCAUGAAAUAACUCAUGCUCUUAAAGCCAAGUAGAAAGUCUGAAAAGCUAAAAAAAAAAAAAAAAAAGCUACCUUAAUAUGGCAUAUGUGCUAAUCAUGUGAUCCUUGAUCCCCCCUCCCCCUACUUUCCCUGGUAAACAAUUAGAGUGAAGAGAUGCUAAAGUGCAAAUAAUACAAUUGACUAACUUACCAGUGUAUCUUGCAACACCUUGGUGCCUGCCAAUAUCUGUCUGGAGUUUUCUCACUUCCCUUUGCCAACUUUUCCUUGCUGAGCUUGAAGGUAGCAAUUAUAGUGGUGAGAGCAGAGGCGCGAGCACAGGUACACGUGCAGGUGUCAAUCACCCUCCUGCACAUCUUAAGGAAAGCAUUGCUUUACUCUGUGCUCUGGGAGAUUAGAGGUCUGUCACAGAUGUAAAAAACACUGCAGACUUGUCAUAUAUUACGGGAAAGAGACAUAAAGCACUAAAAUAAAAUAGUACACAUUUCCAGCCUAAGCUUCAAGGGGAUAGAAUAUUAACAUAGAUUUCUCAUAGGAUACCAAAGAAAUGUUUUGAUUCAUGUUGUGCUGGCUCUAUUUCUUGCUUGUAUGUUUGUUUCCUUUUUUUUAGGUGCCAUGCUUUGUCAGCAAACUAUCCAGGUAGUUCUGCAGUGGUAAUACCACCCCCCUUCAAUUACCUGGGUGGCCAACAGUUCUGUAAAAGAUGAUGGUUAUAUGGCAUCACAGGGCACCAUAUAACUCCAGGCACCAUCAUUGCUGUAUCACUGUGCUACCUCAGAGUUAGUUUACUGCCCUUGCUAGCAAGCUAACACAGAAAGAGGACAUCUGACUUUAUUACUUGUAAUCCCAUCAGUGAGUUAAUGUAACUGAAGGUGCAGAGAUUCUUGCAAUUGUUUUCCAAUAGAAAGAUAACUCCAGUCAGAGCUCUCCUUGAUAAGGAGGUGUUUUAUAAAUACUGGCUGUUACAGAGGAGGAGAUACUGUGGUGCAUUGCCUCCUUUAGUGAGCUUUAAAAAUGUCUUACACCUUGAUGAGGGUUUCUAGGGUCCUGCUGGGAAGCAGGUUGUUGAAUUAGUGUCAGAAAAGUGUACCCUGGACCUAGGGGAGAUAGAGAUCAUUUGCACUAGGGAAAGAGAUUUGGAAGAACUGAAUUUCAGAGCCCUUUGACCUGUUUUUCACCCUCCCUACCAAGAACCCACUAUUGAAUUUUUUUUUUUCACAUUCUCGGUGUAGUUCUAGAAAAGAAAUCUCAGGAUAUAGACACCUCUCUCAAAAGCCAGCCAGUUCAAUAUCCUCUUUGCCUUUCUGUCAGCUAUGCUAUUUCUUGAACAAACUGGUAGAUUUUAUAGCUGUUGGCCCCUCUACAUGGGUCACAGGAGCUAUAUAAUUGGUGAUCCUGGUGCCUCCCAUCUGUUCUCUCUAAAUACUGAGUGGAAUAGAAAGGAGCUUUAAAAGGGUUUGAUCAACCAGCCCCCUCAACCAAAAAAUACCAUCCAAAAUUAACCUGAUGAGCUCUAAAUUUGGAGCCUAGACUACUUGACGAUGGCCAUUUAAAUUUGGAAUAGACUCUUAAAGGUCAGUGAGUAAGGCUUAAGGAUGGAAGCCUCAGCUGAUACUAGAUACUUUCCCCAUAAAUGGUUUGCUAAAACACACUGAAACAGAAAUAAAUCCCCAGAGUGCUUACCCACUUACGGCUGCAGCUUUGCGUUUCAAGGGGAAGUGUGCAGGCCCCAUCCUAAACUCCGGCCUUGGCUGCCUGUUUUGUAGGCAGCCCAAGCUCCGGGAAUGUGCAUUAUAGCUGCAGUAGCCGAUCGCCAGGUUCUUUGCACAGCACACUGAAAUAGAGCAUCUGCACCAUUUAGGAUUACUCUGACAUAAUGGGAUAGGAAUUUAGAUUAAUUCUUAAAUGGCAGUGAUUUAUUGCCUCUUCUAUGAGGGUCCCCCUAUCCCAGGCUUUCUUAUAUGUUCUAAAAUUGGAGAAGUCCAUGCUCUUUGAGGCAUGCAAUAUAAAAUUCUUACCUGUGCUAGCUUCCCGGUAACAUGCACUUAGUAAAUACUAAAGAAAUGUGCUGUAAACUAAAUGAACUGGUCCCCUCAUUCAUUUUAUGGCCUUGUUUACUCAUAGAGAUAGUACAGUUUCUUCAUCCAUCUUUUGAGAAUGCUUUCCUAGUUCCUCUUCACAACAGUCUAAAGCUCACUAUGUUUUUCGUUGUAUAGUUUUCCCUGCAGUAUGCUCGUCUCCUACUGCUAUUCUUUAUUUGCAACAGAACCUUUCUUCAAGCCUCUUGUUUCCUGGGGCAUAGAAGAUACAUCAUUAUACCAAGAAUCAGAGAACAGGUUCUAGUCCCAGCUUCACCCCUUUCUAGCCAUGGAAACUUAGACAAGCCCUCUAAUCUGUCUAGGGCAUCAGUUGCCCCUGUUCCUAAAGCAGAGAUUGUAACACCUUCCCUAUCAGCCUCUCAGAAAUGGGGGAAGAGUUAAACAUGGUAAUGAUGCAUGGGAAAUUGUUAAGUUCUCUUCAUAUGAAGAUGCCCAAGACUCUAUCAUUGCUGUGUGUUCAACCUGAGCUCCCAGCACCCUUGCCAGCAUUUAGAGUACCAUAGUGUCCUCACGGAGAACCAAGUGCCAGAUGAAAAUUUGAGUUCAGCCUGAUUUGAGAACAGCCAAGUGAAAGCGGUAGGCAUCUCUUUUACUGUAAUAAGCAUCUGUUACAUGAAGGGCUUCAUAUCUGGAUUUUAGCCUUUUAAACUCUGUUGACCAGUUGUUGCUCUUGAUUUACCGGUUACUACUGAGAACAGCGACCAUUACUGAGGGUGUAGUAUGCACUGGAUUCCAGGGCAAGCACCUCACCUGGAUCAUUUCACUGAUUAGACCCAAACUUCUGUUUUGUCCCCUUUCCAGGAGCCCCUGUGGGAACAGAACGGCUCCUACUCUGCACACCCCCAGAUCACACCACUCAUCAGUUUGCUGUUACUUCUUCCAAGCCUGCUCUGGGGGAGUGGUGUGAGGGAAGAGGCUUUCCUGACUUUGUUUUUAAGCAGAGGUCUAAGAGGGUACAUGGAAGAAAACCAUAAGAGAUGUUUACUGAGAGGAAAGCAAUUGUAUAUGCUCACCUUUACUUACUUUUUGAACUUUCCAAAAUACUCAGAAAGCAUCCCGUAUCUAUUAGAUUAACCAUUUUUGCAAAACUAAGCAACCAAAUAAUGAAAGCCGCUCCAUCCCAGUUGGUUCAGCCUCAGUGGGCACAAGCUAACACCUCUUCCUCAACUUAGCAGUUUGAUGUCCUCAUUGCCUUUCUGAGUUUGUUUCACCUUUCUUGAACUCCCGGGCGUGGUAGCACUCUCACAGCGGACAGCCGGAAAGCAAGCUGGCUUUGGUAGGAAGCCAGAAGAGCAGGAAGGGCGUGAAGCGGGAGUGUCAGGGCCUCACCCAGGCUUCUUCCUUGUGCUCCUGUUGUUCCGUGCUCACCUGACAAGGCCCUUGGGCCAUCUGCAGACUUUCUGGGAGGACCAGGGACUUCCAGUUCUUCCAUUAAACUAGAAACUGCUGUCUGCAAGCCUACUCAACUGUGAACUAUACCUGAAUUAAUCAUAUUGCCCCUAAAAGUUUUCUGUGUUUCCUCCAUUAAAGAAAACUGUUGUAA